UUAGCAGAGAGACGGAGAUCCCCGGGCAGCGGGCUCGUGAGGAGCACGGAUAGGGGAAUCCGAGCUUGGAUGAGGCCUGUCGAGACUGGGGAUCCCGGUGGGCUGGAUCUGCUGGGGAAAACCCCUGGGCAGGGCAGGGAGAAGGCCUCAGGGGGUGGAUCCGCGGGGCGCUGCCGGGGCCAGCCGAGGAAAGCCCGGGCAGGAGACCAAGAGAGUCCCGAGGAGAUGGCUGCAGUGAAGCCCGAGAAGGGCGAAGGAGAUGCCAGCAGCAACAGCAGUGGAGGCGGUGGGGAGGGCCAGGAGUCCCAGCCUUCCCCGCUGGCUCUGCUGGCAGCCACCUGCAGCAGGAUCGAGUCUCCCAACGAGAACUCCAACAGCUCCCAGGGCCAGCAAGGCGGGAGCGGCGAGCUGGACCUCACGGCCGCUGCCGCUCAGAUCGCCCAGUCUGCCAACGGCUGGCAGAUCAUAUCCACUGGCUCCAGCACGCCGACUCCUUCCAAGGAGCAGGGAGCCAACGGCAGCAACGGCAGCGACUCAUCAAAAAGCCGGCCCGUGAGCGCGGGGCAGUACGUGGUCACGGCCGCCUCUAACCUGCAGAACCAGCAGGUGCUGACGGGUCUGCCGGGCGUUAUCCCAAAUAUCCAGUACCAGGUCAUUCCCCAGUUCCAGACCAUUGACGGGCAGCAGCUCCAGUUUGCCACCACCCCUGCCCAAGUCAAUGUGCAGCAGGAUGCCUCUGGCCAGCUGCAGAUCAUCCCCGGCACGAACCAGCAGAUCAUUACGAGCCGAGCCGGGACGGGUAACCUCAUCGCCAUGCCAAACCUGCUGCAGCAGGCUGUCCCCAUCCAGGGUGUGGGCUUAGCCAACAACACCCUCUCAGGGCAAACCCAGUACGUGGCCAACGUCCCCGUGGCUCUGAACGGCAACAUCACCUUGCUGCCGGUUAACAGCGUGGCAGCUAGCCUGGCCCCCACGUCUCAGACGGUCACUCUGAGCAGCUCCGGCUCUCCGGACAGCAGCUCCCAGCCAGCCACCUCGGGCGCUGCCAUCAGCUCGUCCAACAUGGCCACAUCUCACGCUAGUUCUGGCUCCUUUUUUACCAACGCCAACAGCUACUCCACCACCACCACCACCAGUAACAUGGGCAUCAUGAAUUUUUCCAGCAGCGCAACGGUGGGAACAAAUGUCCAGGCGCAGACACCCCAGAGGGUCGGCAGUGUCCAGAAUUCGGACUCUCUGCAGAGCCAGGUUUCUGGGGUGGCGUUGCAGCCAGGACAGCAGAAAGAGGGGGAUCAGAGUCAGCAGUCGCAGCAGCAGCAGCAGAUCCUGAUCCAACCUCAGCUAGUCCAAGGAGGGCAGACCAUCCAAGCCCUCCAGACCACCCCACUCUCUGGCCAGACCUUUGCCACUCAAGCCAUCUCCCAAGACGCCUUGCAAAACCUGCAGCUCCAGGCGGUCCCCAACUCCGGGCCCAUCAUCAUCCGAACGCCCACGGUGGGGCCGAACGGGCAAGUGAGCUGGCAAACCAUCCAGCUCCAAAACCUUCAGGUGCAAAACCCCCAAGCCCAGACAAUCACCUUGGCCCCCAUGCAGGGAGUGUCGCUGGGGCAGACGGGCAGCACCAGCACCACGCUCACCCCCAUCGCCUCCCUCCCCAGCGGCACUGUCACGGUCAACGCUGCUCAGCUCUCCUCCAUGCCAGGCCUCCAGACUAUUAACCUCAGUGCCUUGGGAGCGUCUGGGAUCCAGGUGCACCAGCUGCAAGGGCUGCCGCUGGCCAUAGCGAACACCGCUGGCGACCACGGGGCUCAGCUGGGCCUUCAUGGCACGAGCGGAGAUGGGCUCGGAGACGAGAAUACGGCUGUGGAGGAAGGAGAGACCAGCCCGGAUCCACAGCCCCAGCAAGGCCGGAAAGUGCGGAGGGAAGCGUGUACCUGCCCCUACUGCAAAGACAGCGAGGGAAGGACCUCUGGGGAUCCAGGUAAAAAAAAGCAGCACAUCUGCCACAUCCCAGGCUGCGGGAAGGUGUAUGGCAAAACCUCACACCUCCGGGCUCACCUGCGGUGGCACACUGGAGAGAGACCCUUCGUGUGUACCUGGGUCCUGUGCGGGAAGCGUUUCACCCGGAGCGAUGAGCUGCAGCGGCACAAGCGCACGCACACAGGAGAGAAGAAAUUCGCCUGCCCCGAGUGCCCCAAACGCUUCAUGCGGAGCGACCACCUCUCCAAGCACAUCAAGACCCACCAGAACAAGAAGGGAGGCACAGCCAACAACGUGGCCAUGAACGUCUCCGCCGUCCCCAUGGACACGGGGGCCUCCGCCGAGGGCAACGGCGGGCCCACGCCCUCGGCCCUCAUCGCCACCAACAUGGUGGCCAUGGAAGCCAUCUGCCCCGAGGGCAUCGCCCGCCUUGCCAGCAGCGGCAUCAACGUCAUGCAGGUGGCCGACCUCCAGUCCAUCAACAUCAGCGGCAACGGGUUCUGAGGGCGAAGCGGGACGCGGGCACCGCGGGCGACACGGCAGCGCCGGGCGGCACGGGGCCGAGAGGCGAGCGGAGACGGAGCUGGGAGCUGUGUCACCGCGAGGGCGACGUCCCUGUCGCCCUCCAGCACUAAAGUCCAGCUCCUCUCACCUGGGAUCGCAGCCUUCCUUGAGCUGUCCGACCUCCGGGGCCCGGUGACCACACACGAAGGCCAGAGCUAUAUAUAUAUAUUUUUUAAUUUCGGCUUGACCCUAUUAUUAUUAUUUCCCCCCCCCCUUCACCCUUUUCCUCCACUCCCUCCCCGAUAUCCGACUGCCCCUCCGUAGCUAGCCUUCGAUGCCAUCAUGCCUUGGUAAAUGUAUAUGAUCAUUGAAAUACUUUUUAGCAAAAAAAAGAGAAAAAAAAAGGAAAAAAAGAAAAAAAGAUUCUAUAUUAUUAUUAUAUAUAUAAAAAUAUAAAAUGUGUUCGUUUGAGAGAGGAGAGAUUUUGCUGCGACCAUGGCCUUGGUCUCUUUGAUGCCUUAUCUUGGAACAGGUUGACCCUCUGGGGCAGUUCGGACAGUGCCCGAGCUGUCGUUCAGAUGCUAUAUUACAUUUUACAUUGUAACCUUUAAAGAAAAAACACAAAAACCAAGUCUUUUUUUGUACGCUUUGCUUUUAGGUUGUUCUUUUAAUUUCUUUUUAAUUAUUUGGGUGAGGUUUUGCUUUCCCCCCCCCCCCUUGUAAAACAGCUGCCCUCUCCCUGCCCUUCACUGGACUUUUGAUCUUUAUUUUAAGCGGACUUCUUUGUGAAGAGCCUUCUCCUCCGGCUUUUUUAAUCCUCGCUCUCGCGGGCUGAGCGUAAGCUGUACAUGUGGAAUCAAUUUGUAAAGGAUUUUGUGCAGGUUCACUCGAGCUAUUUACCAGAGGGUCUGGGACCCGGUGCGUUGGGGUAAUUGGGGUAUGGCGGCAGACGGGCUGGGAGGUCCUUCGAGGCCUCGGGCAAACUUACUUUCCUGCCGUCGUUGGUCUUAAAAAAAAAAUCAUAAUUAUCCUAAAAAAGAAGAAGAGCAGCGCCUCCCGAGCUGGUCGGCUGAAGGUGUUGGUGUUGCUUUUCCACCUUAGGGAGGUCGCUGGCCGCCGCGGGUCCGAGCGGAGACGGAGAAGCGGCGCGUGGGGCGAAGCGGCGGGCAGGGCCCCGGCUUUAGCUCGGGGUGUCGCCUCGCAGGGUUUGGGGGUUCUUUUUCUUUUUCUUUUUUCUUCCAACACUACUGUACUCGGCUCCGAGGCAUCACGCUUCUGCCAGGCUUGUUGUUUUUAAAAAUAAAAAAAAAAAAAUCAGGUGUUGGAAGUUGGGAAAAACUCCCCUUCUUUUCAGGGCACGACUUUUCCCACCCCGCCGAGGGGCCAGGAGCGGCCUCGGAGCGCUAGACGGCUCCGGCCUCUUCCUUUUCUUCUCCCCCACCCUCCUUUUCCUGCUCCAGUCGCGAGACAAUAUCUGCCCUUUCCCUUCCCGCCUCCGGCUGUAAACAGGCAGGAAGGAGACGCGGGGAGGCCGGGAGGCGCUCGGCUCCGCUCCAGAGCGCCGGCCGCCCUGCCGGCUGCCGCCCUUGGCGGGAUUUCAUCGGCGCGUCCCGCAGCCGGUGCCUCCGGCGCCUCCAAAACACCCGUCGAAAGCCGCCCCGGUGGGGAGGCGCGGACGGGAAGGGGCUCUUGAGCUCUUCCAUUAAAUCUCUUUUGUUUCCGAGCAGAAAUGUUGGGGUGAGACGAGGCGGAAGCGGGUCUGAGCCGGCGAUGAGAGCGCCCUGUCGGAAAGGCGGCCGCGGGCGAGGCGUACGGAAAGGUUAGAGCUGAAACGCUGCCGGCAAACCGCGGCCGGGGCAGCCAAAAAGCAGAGCAGACGCCGUCGGUCGCGGAAACACCCGGCGCGCAUCUCGGAUGGCUGAGCCGAGCCUAGCUUGGAGGUGGGAAUAGCGUUGCUGGCAGGUCGAGGGGGACGAUCCGGCCCCCGUACGCGCCUGGAGCGGUGAGUCCGGUGCUGGACUCCCAGUAUAGGAGAGCUGGAGCUCCUGGAGCGAGGCCAGCGAAGGGCUGCUAAGAUGGUUGAGGAACUGGAGCAUCUCAUAGGAUGAGAAGCUGAGAGUGCUGGGACUGCUCAGCCUGGAGGAGGCGGAGGGGGGAUCUUCUCCACGCGUUGAAGUAUCUGAAGGGAGGGUGUAAAGAGGACGGGCCAGAGUCUUCCCAGCAGCGCCCAGUGACGGGGCGGGAGGCGACGGGCGCGGACCGAACGUUCAUCUGAACGCGAGGAAAAGCUUGUUGGCUGCGAAGGGUGACGGAGCCCUGGAGCAGGUUGCUCGGAGAGGUGGCGGAGCCUCCGUCCUUGGAGGGGGUGGUGAGAAGCUGCCCGGACACGGUCCUCGCAACCUGCUCUGGGUGACGCGGCCUGAGCGGCGGGUUGCCCUCGGUGAUCUCGGAGGUCCGUGCCAGCCUCGCCGAGCUCCCGGCGCUCGUUCCGAGAGGAAGGCGGCGGAGGCGAACGCGGGCGUCUCCGUCUCGCGGGGCCCGCGACGCCCGCCGGGUCUGCGCUGCUUGGACGCGUCUCCGCCGGCUGGGAAGCUGGGCAGGGGCCGGGCGCGAGGGGUCCCGGGGGGAGCGAGGUGAACCCAGGCCCCCGAAUCGCGCCCGCAAGCGGCGUCCUCCUCCCUCCCGGCGGAAAAACGAGGGCGAUUCUGCUGUAUGUUUUUCAGAAUAUAUAUAUAUAUAUAUAUAUAUGUAUAUUUUUUUUUUCCUUUUUCCUGCUUGAGGAUAACCAGGAAACUUCCCCGGGCGGCAGAGAGCCAACAGCUCCCGCGGAGACACGCGUUCCCCCUCCGUUCGCUUCCCUUCCUCGGCCGCUCCGGCUCAGCCGGGACGCCGGGAGGGAGACGCAGGCUCUCGGCCGGGGUUGCCGAAAGAGCGGCUCGGCUCGGCUCGGCUCGGCUCGGCGGAGCUGGAAAAGCCUUCGGAGGGGAGCUAAAGCGGCGCUAGGUCCCGCCGCCCCGUCCGCUCGCGGAGCGGAGCCGCCGGCGCUCCCCGCUCUCCCCGAGCCCGGCCGCCGGCACGUUUCCCGGAGCGGGAUCGGCUCGCCGGAGCCGCCCGAGCUCCCGAAUCGCGGGGCCGAAGCCGGCGGCCGAGAAACCCCAGCCAAACUGUGAAGCGCGAAGGUGUUCGUGGUUGUGUUUUUCUUUUCUUUUUUUUUUUUUUUUUUAAAAAAAAAACCCUUGUUUUUACAGAACUGCAGGGAGGGAGGAGGUGACCGUGGCAAUUCCUCCGGCCGAUCCUUUCCGCUCUCUCUCUCUCUCUCGAUAUAUAUUUUUGCAUUUGUAUAUUUUUAUAUAGGAAACUUUAAGCAUUUGUAUUUUAAUAAUCUGUGAAGCACUAUGAAUCCCCGCAGCGCGUCGUCUCCGUGUCCCGUCCCCCUCCGUACUGGAAGCUACAGAGAAAUCGGUAGAAAGCAGUAUUUUUUAAUUUAAUUUUUGGUUUCUUUUAACACACACACACACACGCACGCACACACACACACACACACGGCCCGCUCGCCCCGGCCCGGGACCGCUGCCGGCUCGGGCUCCGGCAGAGCCGUUCUCCGGGCCCGCAGGGAAGCGUCUCCCGCUCGCCGCGUCCCAGCCCGGCUUCCCGCCGGGGCUCAGCCAGGAAUCAAGUGCCAAAGCCCGGCCCGGCGCCGCCGGGAUUCGGGGACGAUCGGAGGCUUUUCAGUUCAUUCCCUGCUCCACGCAGCCCCCUCCCCGAACGGCUCCGACGGCCCCCCCGGGGGAGCGAAACGUGCCUUGAUAUCCGGGCCGGCGGCUCCGGCUUCGGCUCCGGUCCCGCGUCGCCGCCCGGCCACGCAGCAUGUUGGGGUUGGGAGGGGGCAGCCCGAAAGCUUCCCGAAUCUCCGAGCUUUAAUCCGCCGUCGCCCCGUAACCUGGAGGAGCAGCCGGGCGCCGGGCGGGGUGCGAGCCGGCCCCGGCCCCCUCCCGCAGCGCCCUCCCACUGGCAAUAACUCUCGAUCCGCGGAAAGACUGUUUGAUCUUGUAAUAACGUCCGUGCUUUUUUUUCCUUCUUCUUCUUCUUCUUCUUUUUUUUAAAAAAAAAAAAAAAAAAAAUCCGGCGGCCGGUGUAAUGAUGUCUGAAACACGUUUUCAAAAAGUGCUAUUUUUUUGUACAAAAGACUAGAUUAAAUGUAGUUUUUGGCUCCUUUGUAAA